UGUUCGCUCGGCUCGAACUAGAGCAGGGCCAGCGCUAGGGUUCCAGCGCCGCCGCCGGGAUCCACUCCCGCCGCAGCCCAGCUUCCUCCACGCCGCCGUCUGCCCCUCUGCCCUCUGCCGCAGCCGGGACGACGGGAAGCUGCCGCCGCGCCCCUCUGCACCGGCUGCCCACGGCGCCUCCGUCCCGAAGCUGCAGAUCAUCCAGUCCUCCACUCCUCCACGGUUAAGAUGACUUGUGCAUAGGUCGAGCUUCAGUCUGAUGGAUUCUGACGACAAGAAGUUUGGCAAAGGACCUAGGGAGCUCACUGGUGCUGUUGAUUUAAUAAGUCAGUACAAAUUGGAGCCGCACCAUGAUUUCUUUUGCAAGAGGCCUUUGCCACUUGCAAUCUCAGAUACACAUUACCUUCACAAUGUAGUGGGGGACACUGAAAUUCGGAAAGGAGAAGGAAUGGAGCUAGAUCAACUCGUUCAGAAUGCAUACUUAAGGGAUAAGCCUCCUCAUAUUAAGCCCUUUGAUAUGGAAACACUGGGGCAAGCAUUUCAGCUUCGAGAAACUGCUCCAGUAGAUUUACCCUCUGCUGAAAAAGGUAUACCUACCAUUUCGGGCAAACCGAAAAGUGAGUCCAAGGACAAAGAGAAAAAACAUAAAAAGCACAAAGACAAAGAUAAGGACAGGGAGCAUAAGAAGCACAAACAUCGACAUAAGGAUCGGUCUAAAGACAAAGACAAGGACAAGGAUAGGAAAAAGGAUAAGCAUCAUGAGAAGAAGAGGAAGCAUGAGGGGACGGAGGAUUCGGCAGACGUGCAUAAGCACAAAAAAAGCAAGCAUAAGAGUUCCAAAACCGAUGAGAUGGGUAAUGGACUUAGUUAGCUACAGGUUUUCUUCUUACUUCUGUUGUCAAUCAAUGUCAUAUUCUGUUAGAAGGAGGCUCAAAAGAUUUCCGUCACCAGACCCGCUGCAGAUCAAUUGAUAUCAUGAAUGGCAGUUUAUUUGAAGGUGCUUCAGAUGAACGUCUUGCCUGCUGCUAAUUAUGUUGUUCUUGCAGUGUGGACCAUGUGAAAAAUGUAACUUGUAACAAAGGGACAAUCUAACUGUAUUUUGCAACCUUUUGUCCCUCGCUGACUAAUGGGUUGCCUUGUAGGAACAUUUAGAUCAGGAAAUCUGAGUAGGUGUUUUUGGUGAGAUAAUUUUUAAGACUAGGAUCAGUUAACAAUUUCAUUUAGAUUGAACUUUUAAUGAGAUUAAUUUAAAAGAUUAGGAGAUCUGGGGAUAGGUGUCUUUAACGAGACAUUUAUCAAAGGCUAGAAGCAGUCGAUUCUGUUAACCAGGCCUGUGAUAAAAUAGUUGAUGUAGCAUGAGAUAAUGGUAAAAAAAAAAUUGUAUGAUAUGGAAAUGGAGCUUCAUUCCUCGUGCUGAUGAGGAAACUAGUUAA